UGUACCUAAUUACAAUUAAUGAAAUAGUGUACAUCGAUGCAUGGGCCCAAAUUAAAUUUACUGUUGCAAUAAUUAUGGUUGUUUUUUGGUAAUUUUUUGGAAGUUUUUAGUUAUUUUCACGUUCAACUAUCCAUUUGAAGCACGUAGGUGUAGCCAUGUGCAGGCUCUUUUGAUUCCUUCAGUCUACUCUGUGAUUUUUCUGCUUUUGAUGUUUUUUAUCAUUCUUCGUCUUUUCUUAUCGAGUAAUUUUUAGCUGCUCGAUAAGCAAGGCUGUUGCAAAGGGGUACCAAGUUUUUUCCAUCAAAUACAUUGUUCCCAGGAUUACUAGAAUUAGUGGCCAUCUCAAGUCUGCACUUCCGUUAACUGAAAAAUUAAAUUUUGAACAUAUCUGCUUGUUAAAUGCACGUUUUGUUUGAAAUAUAUUUUUUAUGACGGUUGUAAUUUGCCGACUCCGAUUUCAGUAUAUCAAUUUUUUUAAGUUUUUUUCUUUAUCUGGAUUGAAAGGUUUCGGUUUUUAUCAUAUCGGUUUAGAGGCCUCAUGAUAUUUGUGUUUUAUGUUGGUUGUAAAUUGUUACUUGAUUUGUUCUAUUUCUUGUUACCUCAUUUUUUGUUUUGUUCGAUGUUUUGUAUUGGCUUAGUCGACUCAUAUUUCCUCGUUUGAUAUUCAAUCGAGUUUUCUUUGCGCUUCUGUUUGAGUAACUUAUAAUUCCGAGCUUCAAAUUGUGUGAUAGCUGAAAGGUUUUUUUGGCAAAAUUUUUUUCGGCCCAGCUGGUGUCAGCUUAAGUUUUGUCGGCUUAGUUAUCUUGGUUAAUUUUGAUGCUAAUUAUCUUUGUUUAUUACUUUUGGUGGUUUGUUAAUUUAGUUUCGAAACUAUUUCUACAUGGCAGUUGUCUGAAUUUGCGUGUUUUUUAAAAAUCUUGAUGAACAUAUGCAACUCGAGACAAGUGGUUCUCUUUUUACACUAUCGAGCUAUGACGAGCUUUUUGAUAUCUGUCCUGUUCGAAAUUUUUUUCUUCAAUCCUUCACCUGACCAAUAUGCUCCAGCUGUGAUGACCAUGCGAUCGCUGCAGUCUUUUAGUCCUACCUAUUCUACUGCUAGUUAUCGACUGGUUCCCUUAACAGCAACAGAUCAAGGUACUUAACUGUAGCUAUAACAUCGGCACGCGGAACUCGAUUUAUUAAAAUUUCACUUUUUCAUAACGGUUAAUAUAACGGGCGCAAUAUAAACUAGUUUUUUUCUACUUGCUCAUCAACCGGCGAUCCUUGCUACAAGAAAACAAAAGUAUUCGGUUUCAAUUUAGAGAGCCUUUUAAUGUUUUUGCUUCAUUUUCUACAUAUCUUGGAAAAACAUAUUUGAAAUCAGAUUUAAAUAACAGGCUUGACGUGGUAGUUAAUGACCAGUUGAAGCUAAUUAAAUAUUUCUGAUGUGAAGAAAAGUGUCAACCAAAUAAAGAUUAGAAAUGACUGUUAUCAUUUUCCCUCGUUUAAUCCACUUGAACACUUUCUCUUAAACAUAUCAGAAGUUACUUCUUAAACAUAAAUUUAUUCUCCAUUUUAUCAACGCAUAUACAACUCCUCGAUUAUAGCCUCUCGAAACUUGUCUACUUUUCACUCGCAUGAUGGACUACGAACUAGGAAACAAUGCCAAUUUCGAAUCGUCUGGACUGGAUCUCGAUCAAGCAUUUGGAACAACUCCAGAACCCGAAAGCAAAAAAUUGACACUUGAAAGAACGUUUAAGGAUCUGGACUCUUCUGUUUUAAACGCCAAAGACCCCGGUGAUUGGCAGUUUGAUAUUUUAAGUCCUCUCGAGCAGGGAGUUCUAGAACUUGACCUUGAACACGAACAGGAAAGCGCCCAAUCUGAGCUUAUGGUGGUUCCCGAAGAACAACAAAACUUCAGAAAAACUGGAAAUUGCAGUGAAUGGCUGUUGGAAUCCUUUUCGCGAAUGGAAACAUGGCAUCCAUUUUCAGGGAUAACGUCAUACGAACACAACUCAACUUUUCCUGACAUCAAUUCGGUCCUAUGUAGUGAGAGCUAUAUUGCCAGUCAUGCAUCUGAACAUCACAAUUCACUUGACUGGGAUACUUGGUCGACGUUUACAGAUAAAGACUUCCAGUCUGUAAAUAGUGGUGGCAAUUCCGCAAUCAGCGAAAGCACAGAAGGGGCAGGUCCAGAUCCGAACGUUUUCAUACUGAUGCCCAACUUGCCGUUCUUCAAUCCAGAACUCGUGCGCUUUGUCAGGGGUCCAUUGCCACCUGGAAUGCAAUUAGUCACCAAAGAGUGGAAACUUCUCCCAGCCUCACUCAAAUUUCUUCCUGAUUCAAACUGCUGCAAUAAUAAUGAAUUUUAA